UGACAUAUACAGGAAGUGUAAACAUUUUCCAAAGCUGUCUUAAUGAACUGAUUAUGAUCAUUUAUUUUUUCCUCAAAAAUAGCUCAUUUUUCCGGUCAGAGUUAUGCAAACGUGGAAUCUUGUAUCCAUUUCUGUUUUGCUGGGCGUUGUUGUGAGAUGGGGCGUUUCGUUAAAUCCAUAUUCAGGGGCGGGGAAACCACCCAUGUUCGGCGACUACGAAGCCCAAAGGCACUGGCAAGAAGUGACCUACAACCUCCCUCUCCAGGAAUGGUACUUCAACACCACUGACAACAACUUGAACUACUGGGGCCUUGACUACCCUCCUCUGACGGCGUACCACAGCUGGAUCUGUGCUUAUAUAGCCAAAAUACUAAAUCCUGAAUGGGUGGAGCUCCACAAAUCCAGAGGUUAUGAAAGUUCAGCACACAAGUUAUUCAUGAGAGCUACAGUCCUGGUGGCAGAUUUGUUGAUAUAUAUCCCUGCUGUGGUUUUAUAUUGUUUAUAUCUGACUGAGGGAUCCUCUAAGAGAAAGGUUUCCACUCUGUUCUGCUUCUUGCUGUACCCAGGACUCAUUCUCAUCGACUAUGGCCAUUUCCAGUACAAUGGAGUGAGCCUGGGCUUUGCCCUGUGGGGAGUUGUGGCUCUGGGUUUGGGCUGGGACACACUGGGCUCCCUGGCCUUUUGCCUGGCUCUUAACUACAAACAAAUGGAGCUGUACCAUGCUCUGCCCUUCUUCUGCUACCUGCUGGGGAAGUGCAUCAAACUGGGUCUGACAGGGAGGGGGCUUUUCCUGUUGGUGAGAAUUGCUGUAACAGUGUUGAUGACUUUUGCCCUCUGCUGGUUGCCCUUCUUGUCUGACCCCAACCAGACCUUGCAGGUGGUCAGGAGGAUCUUUCCUGUGGCACGUGGUCUGUUUGAGGAUAAGGUGGCUAAUAUAUGGUGCAGCUUGAAUAUCCUGAUCAGGUUCAGAUCCAUUCUGUCCAGUGACUCUCAGCUCUACCUCAGUUUUGGCUGCACUCUCCUGGCAGUCCUGCCUUCCUCAAUCAAACUUCUGACAAAGCCCAACUUCUGGCAGUUUAAACUGGCCUUGGCCAAUUCAUCGCUGGCAUUUUUCCUCUUCUCCUAUCAAGUCCAUGAGAAGUCAAUCCUCUUGGCUGCCUUGCCUGCCUGCCUCCUGCUGAGCGACCUGCCCCUGAUGGUUAUUUGGUUCCUGCUGGCGUCCACAUUUAGCAUGCUGCCUCUGUUUCUGAAGGACGGUCUGCUAGUGCCCUAUGCUGUGACCUCACUGGCCUUCCUCUUCUUCAGCAUCUAUCUAAUGUCUGCACUGGUGCAUUGUUCAGAGGAAGACCUGAGACUGAGUGCCUACCAUAAGCUGUUUUCCUGCCUACCCAAACUGGACCUGGCCUAUAUAUUGAGAUGGAAGUUCUACAUCAGCGUCGCAGCCAUGGCUGGUCUAAGCAUCAUGAGUGUAGUUCUGGCUCCUCCACCACAUCUACCUGACUUGUUUACCGUGUUGGUGUCUACAGCUGCUUUCCUGCACUUCUUGGGAACAUUCAUAUAUUUCAACAUUGUACAGUUCAGCGGACCACCAAGCAAGAGCCAUAAGAAGAACCACUAAGUGGUGCCACAGGUGGAAGUUUUGAACUAAAUGUGCUUCAGGAAAGGCAGUGUCACACUCUAGAGUAUAUCUGCUCUUAAUGGCCUUUCACUGAUGCCAUCAUGCAUCAUAUACAAAUAGCACAAGUGCUUAUUAAGGCAUCUUGUUGGCUAGACAAUUUACAGUACUGCAGAUUGCCAAUUCAGAGAAGCUGUGACAUCAAAUGAAAGGAAAGAGUAAGCGGUAUUUUUCCAGGUUGGACAAGCUGAUUUUGCAUAGUUAUAAAAUUAUUCUUCCCCCAUUAUCGAAGGUCAUAGUCACUCAGUUUAGCCUCUACUCAUGAGGUAUUUCUCCAUUAAUCACAUGGCUUAAUUUACAUGAAAUAUACCUCCUUUCUUGAAUUAUUUUUUUUUGCAUGGACCAGUUACUCUCCAAACUAAACCACUGCUGGGAUGUGAUGUUCCCAGCAGUGGAACAUCAUCACUGAAACGUCACAGGUAAAUGAGCAGUGUACAAGUCACAUAUGAGUUCAGAUAAGUUGCUGAAUGGCCAGGCUAAAGGAGAUGGCCACAGUAACAACACCUAUUACUGUUAAGGCAGUGUUGGAGAGAUGCUGAUUGAAUUUUGUGGUAACUUUUCAAGUCACAGUUAGUGGUAGUGUUGCACUCGAUAUUUUAGGGUGUUCCUAUUAUUUUGUCCACACUUACUACUACUACUACUACUACAGGUGAUGGUGAUUAAACACACAUUUGAUGGGUCUGUACUCAGGUCUGCUAUUUAUGGUUGAUCAUCAUCAUGUGCAGUUUGAUCCA